CUAAGUGCCACAAUUUGUCAAACAUGUUGUUUAUUGUAAAUAUAAUAUAACAUAAAACUUUAGUGUUACUGAUCGACUGACACACAACGCAUAGAAAAAUUGGGGAAAAGUUAGUUACAUAUUAUAAAUUUAAUGAAGUUAAGGAAAUUUUUAUCAAUUAAUGUGGUUACACCACUCAUUCAUUCCUGUUACCUACGUCAUUAACAGGUAUAGUAUUUAUAUGCGUUGGGUUAUUCUUUCAUCGCAGUACCGUCAUAGGCACGACCGCCGCAUAUUGAUUCUACGUCUUGUUUUUCAAAAUGGGUACCAAAAGAGUUUUAUUGACAGGAUUCGGCCCUUUUCAAGAAGUUAAAGCUAAUGUAAGUUGGGAAGCUGUAGAAUCAGUGAACGCUGUAAGAAUUAACAACAGAGAUACAAAGAGUAUAAAAAGUAGCGAAGACAUAGAAUUGUUUAAAGAGAAAAUAGAAGUGCGUUACGACGUUGUCGAAGAACAUGUGCCUGAGCUUUGGACAAAAUACCAACCAGACUUAACUAUCCACGUUGGUGUACACGGAGAGUCUUUUUUAAGCUUAGAAUCUCAAGCAUCGAGGACAGGAUACACUUACGAAGACAACACGAAAUCUUGUCCCGUGGACAACAAGCACUCGCGUGAUGGACCAGACUUUAUCUGCACUGAGUUGUGCCUACAUAAAGUAAAGGAAGAGUUUAAUACAAUUUCCCCGGUUGAAGGGCUUAAAGCUGAAGUAUCUAACUGUGCUGGCAAAUUUAUCUGCGAGUACACAUACUACACGUCUCUUGUCCAUGACACAAACUGCCGACAGAGGACUUUAUUCAUUCAUGUUCCGGUAGAUGGAUGUCCCGAGCAGAUUGCUCUAUGCCUUGAGCGCAUCGUGGAGAUCUGUCUAGAACAACUGAGCAGUUCCUCCUAGUUUGCGGCUUCGACUAAUAAUACUGUCUCAACACUGCACGAUAGCGUGUUGUUAAUAAAUUUGUGUUGAGAUAUUGUAUAACCCUCCUUCUGGCGCACUCAAGUGAUUAUUAAGUAACUUAUCUAUAUAAUUAUAUUGAUUUGGCUAAGGUUUAUACUACCUACUCCGUUAUUUGGGAUUUUUGGUUACCGACUUCCCAAAAAGAAGGAGGUUCUCAAUUCGGCUGGUAUAUUUUUAUGUACCUUUUUUGAUGUACUUGUUUGUUUUGGAUAGGAUAACAAUCUUGUACUACUUAUGUAUGUUACUCAUUAUAUUUUUUCUUAUUCAGAUGGAUAAAUAAAAAAAUAAUAAGAAAA